ACCACUAUAUUACUCGGGAUUGCUUUGGGGACUUCAACCAGUUCCUGAAUGCAGUCAAUCAGUUGUUUCGCCACGAUGGACGGGUGGGUUUGGCGCUGAACAUCGAGUCCGAGAUGCGCGGGUACAUGGCUUUCGGCCCCUUCCAUCUAAACCUGAAGAACACGGUCUUUGUGAACUUUGACGACGGGCCCAUGCUGCCAACUGUUCCCGUCGUCACGGAGCUUUCCCUUACCAGAAAUCAAAAUCGAGGACUAGUCAUGGCGCCCAACUUUGCGGCCACGAUUGUUCGUUCGUUUCCGAAUCUGAAGAAGUUGGAGUGGACUACUGGGGCCCCGGCACUGUGUUUUGACGCGGAGAGGAAGCCGCAUUGGGCCGAUCUCUCCAGGACACUGGUGGCAUUCGACACACUGGAGAACCUUACGGUGUUGAGCCUUAGGGGACAGUGGUACACGCCGACCAACCAUCACUUCAGACCGUCGUCUCUCUACGAACCUGGCGGCUAUGACUGGGUGAACCGGAGUCUCCACCUCGUCUCAAAGAAACUGAAGAGACUGGAGCUGAAGAACUGGUUGAUGUCACCGGAUCUGUUUCUGCCCUGGCAUCCAGAAUCGGAAAGAGGGAGAUCGCUGGCCGCUUCUUGAGUCCCUGAGCGUGCAUUGAGUGGGGUACUCUCCCAGCGGACGCUGGUACUUCACCGGCUACGGUAUCGCACCGCAUUUGGAUGCCCGGCAGCCC